AUGUGUUUCCGCUUGUGUUCUCGGAGUACCUCCAGUCCAGUGGUUCUCCAAUCCAGUGGUUCCUCAGCCCAGUGGUUCUCCAGUACAGUGGUUCCUCAGCCCAGUGGUUCUCCAUUCUCCAGUCCAGUGGUUCUCCUGGCCAGUGGUUCCUCAGUCCAGUGGUUCUCCAAUCCAGUAGUUCUCCAGUCCAGUGGUUCUACAGCCCAGUGGUUCCUCAGUCCAGUGGUUCUCCAGUCCGGUGGUUCCUCAGUCCAGUGGUUCUCCAGCCCAGUGGUUCCCCAGUCCAGUGGUUCUCCAGCCCAGUGGUUCCUCAGUCAAGUGGUUCUCCAAUCCAGUAGUUCUCCAGUCCAGUGGUUCCUCUGUCCAGUGGUUCUCCAGUCCAGUGGUUCCUCAGUCCAGUGGUUCUCCAGUCCAGUGGUUCUCCAGUCCAGUGGUUCCUCAGUCCAGUGGUUUUCCAGCCCAGUGGUUUUCCAGCCCAGUGGUUUUCCAGCCCAGUGGUUCCCCAGCCCAGUGGUUCCUCAGUCCAGUGGUUCCUCAGUCCAGUGGUUCCUCAGUCCAGUGGUUCCUCAGUCCAGUGGUUCUCCAGUCCAGUGCUUCUCCAGUCCAGUGGUUCCCCAGCCCAGUGGUUCCUCAGUCCAGUGGUUCUCCAGUGGUGCGCUGGUUUGAACCUUCACCCCUCCUCUUGCUCUUGUUCCUCCUGAUACAUGGACACAGAGAUAGAGCUGUACGGAUCCAGAACCAUCUGAGCACAGCGAACCAUUGUUACCAGCAGAAACAAACACAGCACAGCUACGAAGAAGAGAGCGAAGCCCAAAUCCACAUCAACUUCCAGUCGAGGCAGUGGAAGAGGCUGGUCCAUGAUUACUGAAGAACGAUUAGUGAGUCACAAGCAGCAAUCAUCUAAUAUAAGAGCCAGAUUCUUCUUCCCAUGAACUCCCAGCUGUCCUGUGCUUCUGUCGGUGUAAAACAGCUCUGUAUCAGAUGAUCUCUCUCACUCCAGCACACAAAUCAAGGUCUGUACUCCACUUGUUUGAGACUUAAUUGCAUGCAGUUGUAUGAUCAUUUUAUUUCUCAACCGAUGGAAAACAAAGAGGUUUGAAAGGAAUAGCUUGAUCCCAUUGCUGGUUCAGCUUGAAGUCGUUGGUCAGUGAUACACGUUCUCUUAUCUGGGAUAUUAGCAUGUCUUCCUUUGGCCUGAGAGACACACACACCAACACUUGGCACCUGUGUCCCAAUGAAUAGUUAAACAGGAGUUUGGUAACGAUCAGGCCUUAUAUGGGUUCAAACGUCCCUCUAGAAGCACUGGAGGCCUCUUCAUGUGUUACCAGUGACGGCUGAGUGGAGGAUCAGGACACAGACUGAUGGGGUCAGAUGGGAACUGAAAGAGGAUAGAUUCCAGAAGGGAUUGAAGAACCACUUUUGGUUCCGCAAAGAACCUUUCUGUGAACAGUUCUUUAAACUGUUUCAUUUCAGUAAUCUAAAGAACAUUUUGCCACUUUGAAGACUGGAAUGGACCGGUUCCUUCGUGGAGCCAUCAAUGCCAAGAGAGAAGCUUUAUUUUUAAGACUGUGACCUGUUUACAGUAAUUAUUGUAUUUUUAUUUGAAGUGAAUCAAAUCAUUUUUAAAUAUAUUCCAUCAAAUAUAUAUAGACCACCAA